GUCGUUAGUAGUUCAGUUUUCUGUCUCCUGUUUUUCAGUGAUAAAUGAUGCAGAGCUGCCUUUUUCUCUGAACCAUGAAGAGCAGACAACAAAGAAACCUUUGCUUUUUUACCCUUGUCUCUUUUCUGUUGGCUUCAUCUUCACCUGCUGGAGGUGUUCAGAUCAGAUUGGCUGGAUCUGGAUCUACUCAAUGCUCUGGUAGAGUUGAAGUUUAUUACAGAGGUGUCUGGGGAACAGUUUGUGAUGACAGCUGGGAUGUAAAUGAUGCUAAGGUGGUGUGCAGACAGUUGAACUGUGGUACAGCACUGAGUGCCCCUCAAUCAGCCCAAUUUGGUCCAGGAACCGGGCAGAUCUGGCUUGAUGAUGUGGCCUGUUCAGGAAAUGAAGGGUCUCUAAGUGCGUGUCAGCACGGAGGAUUUGGGAAACAUAACUGUGGACAUAAUGAGGACGCUGGUGUCGUCUGUUCAGGUGUCAGAUUAGCUGGAUCUACUCGAUGCUCUGGAAGAGUGGAAAUCUAUCACAACGACGCCUGGGGAACAGUUUGUGAUGACAGCUGGGAUUUAAAUGAUGCUAAGGUGGUGUGCAGACAGUUGAACUGUGGUACAGCACUGAGUGCCCCUCAAUCAGCCGUUUUUGGUCCAGGAAUCGGGCAGAUCUGGCUUGAUGAUGUGGACUGUUCAGGAAAUGAAGGGUCUCUAGGUGCGUGUCAGCACAGAGGAUUUGGGACACAUGACUGUGGACAUAGUGAGGACGCUGGUGUCGUCUGUUCAGUGAGCCUCCCAAAGCCCAGCCUCUCCAUUACUCCUACUGGUGAGGCUACCUGGGGACAGAAAGUCAGCAUCACUUGUUCAGAUUCAGCUGAGCUUGUAGGUGGAACAUUCAUUCUGACGGAGACUUCAGGCUCAUUCAGAGAGACCCAAACCUCAAGUACCAACUCUGCUGUAUUCAGUAUCCCUAAAGUGAACUUUGACAAUGAGGGAUUGUAUCGGUGUCAGCACAAGAAAAGCAUUUCAGAUCAAACAUUCAGCUCCAGCCUAUCUGACACAGUCAGACUCACUGUUACUGUGAUCUUUCCCAAGCCCAGCAUCUCCAUGAACCCUGUUGGUGAGGUUACCUGGGGUCAGGACGUUAGCAUCACUUGUUCGAUCUCAACUCAGUUUUUAGGAGGAACAUUCACCUUGAAGAGGACACCAGGUUCAUUAAGAAAGACACAGACAUCAAAUACCAAUUCUGCUACCUUCAGCAUCCCUAAAGUGGAAUUUGUCAAUGAAGGAUUGUACCAGUGUCAGUAUCAGAAAAGCAGCUCCAGUCGAGAUUUCACCUCCCCUCUAAGUGAAUCUGUCAGACUCUCUAUCACUGUAAGACUGGAGAGGCCCAGCAUCUCCCUGACAUCUCCUGACGGAGGGCUGGUCUGGAGUCCUGGAGGUGCAGAGAUCACCGAGGCUUACAGCUUUGUCUUAACCUGCUCCAUUAACUCCACCUAUUCUGGAGGCCGUUUCUUUCUCAUCUUCUCUGGCUCCAGCACCUCCGACUCCAAGCCUGCAGUCAACAACUCAGCCUCCUUUGAGUUCCCUGUAGCUGAGUAUGAACACCAGGGCAACUACAGCUGUGUGUACGAAGUCGUACUGUCCACGCGGAUAUUCAGGUCCACGGAGACAGCACAGAUAAAUGUGGUUAUUAAAUUUCCUUUGUUACUGCUGGCCUCCUCAGUAGCUGCUGGGAUCCUGGUGAUGCUCCUCCUGCUGGUCUUGUUGGUGGUUUGUCUGGUGCGCAGGAAAAGACAACAAGUCACCAAGCAUCUGCCAAUCAUCUUCAGUGAAGUGGCUUUGAACCAUUAUGAAGAUGAUUGCAACGAUGACUACGAGAAUGUAGAUCAAGAGUACAUCGCAAAGAAACUCAAUGGGAGUGUGGAAGAAGAUGAUGAUAAUGAUUAUGAGGAGCCUGAGAGCGACGAAGAUCAUGAUUAUGAGGAUGCCGGCCCCGGUGUAAAUUACGUAAAGUCUGAGGACGUCUGUUGUAGUGAAGAGGACAACAGAGAAGAUGAAGAAGAAGAAGAAGAAGAAAGCAGCGAUGAUGAAAAUGACUAUGAAAAUGUGACUCCGGAAUUUGAUGAACAAACUGUGGAUAUUUAUGACAAAACUGAGGAUAUUUAUCAAAACUUUUAGGUGACUCUCAGUCAAUAGUGACACAGUGAUUACAACUGAUAGAGGACUGAUUUUCCAAAUUAGGACAACUGCCAGUGAAAUAGCUGGCUAAAAUUGAUAUUGAAUGAUACUAUAGAAAUAUAGCUUGAUCCUUUCUUGCCAUAGUAGAAUAUGAUAGUCAUUCGAUACUUCAUCUUAUUUUGGAUUACCAUUUCAGUGUAUAUACAGCAUGCAUUACAUGAUGUGAUUAGUUGUGGGUGCAGUCCCCAGACCAUUCCUAAAGUACUUUAGGUUUUGUCUCAUAAGUCUUGAAAUAUGGGGCAUAGGACCAAACAUUGCAUGCAUUCCUUGGAUUAAAAUGAAUCAGUAUAGGGCAAACCCAUUUGUACAAAAGUAUCAUCUGUUUUCCUGACGAAAAACAAAUAUGAAAAAAUUUUUCCAAUGUCCAUGCACAUUGAAAAUGAAGUGGAACAAAGGGGUUUGGUGUCAUUUCCAUUUUUCCGUCAAAAUAAAAGUGAAAUGUGGGAGAACGAGGCACUUUGCAAAUGAUUUAGUUAUCUGUAGGUUCAGAUUAAGCUAAAUUUAGCUAGUGUGAUAUAUAGUGAUAUUAUUUUCAUUGAGUGGCAUUAAUAAAUAUUGUGGAAACUGUUACCUGUAUUCCAUAUUCUCUACCCAAAUAAAGAGCAUUUAUAAAGUCACUAGCAGAGGUCCCUGUCACCCACUGGGAAGUUAUAAACAAGCGGGAACCUCUGGAACUGAAACAUGAAGCCAAAAACUGCAGUUCCUCUAAUGGCUCCAAAAGUGAAUCAAUCUCCAUAGACUCCCAUGUUCAAAUGUUCAACUUUACAGCAGAAACAAACAUGUUUACAGCCAAAAAACAGUUUUGGUCUUAAUUUAUUUAAUUUCCUCCUUCAUGACAACUGUACGGGGAUGAAUUUUUAUAUAACUCACCUGUUUAAAUUUUAAUAAGGCUUAAAGUUAUUUAUAAUUUAGAGUGUGGCCACUUUGACUGACAGGUGGGUGAAUGUAUGCUUGUCACAAACCAGCAUGCACCGAAGUCUUGGCCCCUCCUCUUUGCCUAUUUUUGUAUUAGCUGGGAGUUCAGCGGAGUCAGGCGCUGCCAAGAUGGCGACAGCAGAACAGCCCACUCUGUAAUAGUUAUAAUAAUAAUAAUUUAAAAAUUACAUUGUAAAUGAAAUCUAUAGUCCUCUAUCAUUACAUGUGGUGUUGACUAAUUUUUACUCUAUAUGUAAAACCAACUGAUUAAAAGCAUUUUAUUUUAUUAACUCUGUAAAACAUUUAUGUGACAUGAUGAACAUGCAUGCAAAUAGACACACACCAAUAAAUAUUAUUUACAUACACAUAUACUGAAUUGGGGACCAUACACAUGUGCACACAUACACAUACGCAACACAUGUAAACUGAUUGUAAUGUGAUAUAAAUAUUGUCAUUUUUGAAUGAAAAUGUCACUAUUUAUUAUGUGCUCAGCUUAACGAACAUACUCUAAUUAUAUGUUAUAAACGCUUUUAGCGGAAAUCCUCACCAGGGAAACAGGUCGCAAAUUAGCCUCGGAUAGAAAUCCUGUUACUGUAACCUGGUACAAUGUUUCCUGCAUUGUCCCUGACAAACAAACUAAUAAAUAAAUACAUGAAA